AUGUUCGGAGCGACGCAGAAAGCGUACCGCCGACCAGGGCAAACGUUUGGGGAUCCCACAUUACUUGAAAAGCUCGAUCUCGUUCCUGGACUAUCUUCUCUGGCAUUCACGAUAAUCGCGGGUCUAUUGACCGCAGGCUUUCGAGGAGAGCGGGGAGCUGUAGGCGUUCGGCUGUCAACUGCCCAGUUGCAAUACAUCAGUCCGCCCUUUCGAGAUCUGUACAGGAAGUACUGCAAAAAGCACGGAAUAGUGCCUCAAGUUCUCAACCUCAAAUUUGGCACCGAAGCAUUUUGGAUUGGAUCACCUUCGGCCAAGAACAUCGUGAUCUACUUUCAUGGUGGCGGCUUCAGCUUGGAUGGAGAGGACGACCACAUACGAUUCUGGGCGGACGAUGUCGCAAGUGAUGUCAAUGCCGGGAGUCGAAAGAAUGUCGCCUUCCUCUUCUUGGCAUACACUUUGGUGCCCUUCGCAACCUAUCCAACCCAGAUAUACGAAGCAGCAGAGUGCUUGAAGCACGUUCUAUCAGAGCUGGGUCGGUCGCCGUCCGACGUGACCAUAGCUGGCGACUCCGCUGGAGCCAACAUUUGCCUGGCAUUGCUAUCACUGAUGCUGCACCCAAGCAACGACUUGCCCGAAGUCCAAGUCGACAAGCCGCUGAAGGCGAUGGUCCUGUUAGGGCCUUGGCUCUCGUUUCAGUACGAUUAUCCUUCCAUGACGGUGAACGCACAGAAGGACAUAUGUGCCGUUCCGUCCGAAGCCAUGUGGGCUCGCGACUACCUCGCCGGGAAACCAUCGACUCCUUAUGCCGAGCCGCUCGAUGCUGAUGCAGAAUGGUGGAAGGGCGCCGAGCUCAAAGUGUCCCAUUGUUUUGCAUCGUCAGGCAGUCACGAGAUCUUGCUCGACCAUACAAUCGCAUGGGCCGCCAAGUACAGAUCAGUCACGCCGGAAGACCACUUUGAGCUGGUCAUUGGCAACGGGGAAUGCCACAUCGCGCCCAUAAUCGAGCCAUUACUAUGCGACUCGUCUCCCACGGAACAGGGCGAUGCGAUUAAGACAUUCUUCAAGACUCACUUUACAUCAUGA